UAAGUUGAAGAUAAACAUGGCAGCGAUCAGUAGGAAUUUUAGAGUUUAUCACAAACUCGAACCGCCAUACAGUGUUAUGGUCGAGAAAAAAAACUUUGAAGAAACUCUUAUGUUUGAGAGUAAUGCAGUAACAGUACUCUCCUCUGCUGAGACUGAUACUAUCAAGAGACAGUACAUAAAGGUCCUGGAUGCCUAUGGCUGCCUUGGAGUGCUCAGUGUUAAUGUCGGAGGCGACACCAACCUGCUGUUCCUGGUCAUGGUGACAGGCUGCGUCUCAGUGGGCAAGCUCAGUGACUCAGAGGUGUUCUGUAUAACAUCAACACACUUAAUGUCGCUGCAAAAUGGACCAAACGACGAGGAAAGAAUUGUUGGUGUUAGGAACGUGCUUAAUUCUCGGACAUUUUACUUUGCCUGGUCCCCUGGCGGUGAUGCGUGGGAUUUGACUUUGUGUGCCCAGAGAAAGAUCCAAGACCAUGAUACUGAUAAUAGAUUUUUCUGGAAUCGCUCGAUGCACGUCCAUCUACAGCGGUACGGAAUAGACUGCACUGCCUGGCUGUUCAAGGCUAUCUGUGGUGGUGUGGAGAUACGCACAGUCUAUGCAGCCCACCGACAGGCCAAAGCGUGUCUGAUAUCUCGCCUGAGUUGCGAGCGGGCGGGUACGAGGUUCAACGUGCGCGGAACUAAUGAUGAUGGACAUGUGGCAAAUUUCUGUGAGACAGAACAGGUGAUAUUCCUUGAGGGCCAGAUAGCGUCAUUUCUGCAGACCAGAGGAUCUGUGCCCCUGUUCUGGGAGCAGCCAGGAGUUCAGGUUGGUUCCCAUAAGGUGAAGAUGUCACGGGGAUACGAGGCAAGUGCCCCUGCCUUCGAGCGUCACCUGGCAAUGAUCAAGGAGCAGUACGGAGAUCAAGUCAUUGUUAACCUCCUAGGAAUCAAAGAAGGGGAGCAUCUCCUCACUCAGGCAUUUUCAAACCACCACAAGGCGUCCAGAUUUGCCUUGGACAUCCCGCUGAUAGCUUUUGACUACCACACAGAGUGCAAGGGAGGUAAUCUGAAAAAUCUGGAGAAACUUCGAACAAUUCUUCAGAAGUACUAUGACAAAUUUGAGUUUUUCUGCAGUGAGGGUGGAGAUGUUAAAAGAUACCAGACUGGUACAGUGCGUACAAACUGUUUGGACUGUCUGGACAGAACUAAUGCUGUACAAUGUUUGCUGGGUCUUCAGAUUCUCAACCGGCAGCUGGCUGACCUGGGCCUGUCAGACAAGCCUCAGAUGGUGUCACGGUUCACAGAGAUCUACAAACAGAUCUGGAUACUCAACGGGGACCACGUCAGUAUGAUCUAUGCUGGCACUGGGGCCCUCGGAGGGGGCAGGUCAAAAACGUCUGAUGCAGCCCGUUCAGCCACGCGGACAAUACAGAACAACUUCCUUGACAACAGCAAACAAGAGGCCAUGGAUAUGCUGUUGCUAGGCAGCACUCUACGUGGGGAAUGGGCUGACAAAGCCAGGGCCAUGGUGCUCACUCGGAAACUGAAUACCUCCCCCACUGUUCUGUACAAUGUGAUCAGUCGCUACAGGGAAUACAUUGACACCAGCAGCAUUCGGGUUUUCAUCGGAACCUGGAACGUUAAUGGCGGAAAGCACUUUCGGAGCAUCGCUUUCAAGCACCAGUCUGUGAACGAUUGGUUACUGGAUGCACAUAAAAUACUGCAGCAAACAAAACCUGAACUGUUGCAGGUAGAUGUUGAUUACAGCAUCCCGGUGGAUAUCUUUGCCAUAGGCUUUGAGGAGAUGGUGGAUUUGAAUGCAAGCAAUAUAGUAAGCACUAGUCAGACCAAUAGUCGUGAAUGGGAGAAGUACAUUCAGAAGUCCAUAUCUCGAGACCACAAGUACGUGCUUCUCACCAAGGUGCAGUUGGUCGGCGUGUUGCUUUAUGUCUUCAUUCGACCUCAUCUGGCACCGUUUAUUAGGGAUGUUGCCGUGGAUACUGUGAAAACAGGUAUGGGUGGGGCUACAGGCAACAAGGGGGGCGUGGGGAUACGUUUUCUCAUCCACUCAACCUCUGUCUGCUUUGUGUGCGCCCACCUGGCCGCGGGUCAAUCCCAGGUGAACGAUCGAAACAACGACUACACUGAGAUAUCAAAGAAGAUGUCUUUCCCGAUGGGUCGAGGUCUGCAGGCCCAUGACUAUGUAUUUUGGUGCGGGGAUUUCAACUACCGCAUUGACCUGCCAAAUGAUGAGGUCAAGAGUCUUGUUGCCAUGGAGAACUGGGGGGCACUGCAGGCCUGUGAUCAACUGAAUGUACAGAGGGCAGAGGACAAGGCAUUCCAAGGUUUCAAAGAAGGACCGACCAACUUUGCGCCGACCUACAAGUACGACCAGUUUUGUGAUGAUUAUGACACGAGUGACAAGAGCCGAGUCCCGGCCUGGACUGACAGAGUCCUCUGGAGGCACAAUGCUUUCCUGGGAAAUGCAAACCAGGACGAGUCUGAGCUAAAAUCAUGGCCAAAGCUGCUGCUGUACUCGCGAUCUGAACUAAAGACAUCAGACCAUCGACCAGUGCUAGGCCUGUUUGACAUGCAGGUUAUGAAGGUACGGGAAGGGGCCAGGGAUCGGGUCUACGAGGAGACACUCUACGCCCAGGGGCCCCAGGAUGCCACUGUCAUCGUAGCAACCCCUGAUGGAGACUUCAAUGACAGCAUGGUCGACGAGAUCGUUGGAAUGUUUUCUGACGUUGGUGAAAUCAUUCUGGUUAGAUUCGUGGAGGACGAGAUGUGGCUGAUAUACAGGACCGGUCAGAUGGCUCUCCAGGCUCUCAAGUACAAUAACAUACAGAUAAUGGAGCGGGUGUUAUCGGUUCGCCUGAAGACCAGCAACUGGCGGGACCUGAUUGAGCUGGAGAUCAAACUGAACUCCCUGAAAUCUGAGCCGCUGUUUAACACCGUCACCAACAGUCUCCUGGGAGACGACUUUGAUGCACCGCAGAUGGACAAUUAUGACAGUGAGGGAGAUGAUGAGGAAAUAGAGGACCCCACAGAUUACCUGCCAGAGCCUCUGCAGCCUGCACGAUCUGGGAGUGGCUCUCCAAGCUCAGGUGGUUCCCCCAGCCCAGCAGACAGCAUGUUUUCCUCCAUGGAGACCAGCCCCCGCCAGCAACCUCCCAGACCCCAGCCAGCCAGCAGGGUGCGACCUCCAGCCCCAAGCAGGCCAGGGGACAGCACUUCACCAGCUGUGGUGUCUAGGGAGACUACUCCAAGUGGGGAUGCAAGGGAAACCACUCCUCUGGAUGGCAGAUUGGGACACAGAGUGAUUGUUCCUGAACAGCAAACCAAGCUCAGGGGAAAUCCUCCUGAGGCCAGUUCAAGGAGUAGUGCCCCACCUAAGCCUGGCCCCCCUGUCAAGCCUCUCCGUCCCCAAAGGCCUGGAGGGGGCCCACCCAAACCAGCGCCCACUGGUGUUACCACUAGACCUACAGGGUCCCCUAAGAUGUCCCGCCCGUCCACAGGGCCCCCCAUCAAGCAGCCCCUGGGUCCCCAGGCCAUUGGCAAGAUCAGGUCCAAACAACAGAACAAAAUCAUGAACAUUGGUCUGCCCACCAACGUGACUCACAAGGGUCACGCGAACUCACCGGAGGAAGCUGCUGCUCUUAUAGAGCAACUCUUGCAAGGGGCCGACCUCAAGGGGACACUUCCUGCCCCUCUCAAGCCUGGAGGCUGGAAAACACCCCCAACAAGCAUUCCAAGAAGCCGGACAUCAGACGACAUUCCUAAAACAGACAGUCAACUUGCGCUACCCACAAGCCUCUUGAAGGCUCAGAGCAUGGAGAACGUGAACAGCGCCAUCAAGCCGACCCCCACACUGUCCUCAGCCCACAUUGUCAUGGCCCCAGGUGCUCAGCCCCCUCUACCUGCGCCUAGACGGGACAGUGUGGCAGGAUACAUACACUGAUUUGCGCUCGCUUCCUAAACCUGCACCAAGACGAAAUGUGCAGAGCUGCUUUAUUGAGUCUGAGACGAAAGUGGCAUUCCCUUCUGCCCCAUCGGUUUCAGUGAGACCUGUUUCUGUUUUCCCAAGAGGUCAACUUCCGCUGCUACCGAAAAAUAUUCCGGAGACGAGCACAAACUAUUAUUCCAGUGUUUUGGAGGAGAAAAAGAUAGAUCCAGAGAAAAAUACGAGCACAAACUAUUAUUCCAGUGUUGUUGAUAUGAAUAGGAUAGACCCUGAGAAAGCAAAGGUAUUGUUGAAUGGAACUUCAACAGACUUGCAAGAUACUUCCAGUGAAAAUGUUGCAGACGACACUUACGGACGUAUCUGGGGUGACUUGCCCCCGACAGUCCCGAAGAGAAAAGACAUUGCAGACAGCUCGGGUGGCUCAUUACUGGAUAAACCUCUCUCCCCGCAGGCUUUUAAACCUUCACAUGAUCCGUUUGACACGAGCAGAUUUAUGCAAAAUAUACAUACAAGCAGUCCAUUAGUCCCAUUCACUUCUCCUCAGGCCUCUACAAAAUCUUCCCAAGUGUUGCCUAAAGUCCCGCCUCGACCCAGCGCAGACCCUGUUACACAGACAGCAACCCCUUUUUGUUCCCCUCCCUUCAGCCCUCCCCCUUCACCUCCAAAAUUUUCCCCUCCAAGCGGCCCCCCUCCACCUGUCCCGAGUGAAUCCCCUAACAUGUGCAAUAGCUACAAUGCAGAUACUGCAAACUUUGACAGUAAUGUAUUUAAGCCUUCUGGGUCAGAUUUUCAAAUAAUCAACAGUCUGAAUUCUGAUCUGGUAAAAACUGGUUUUGCUCCUCCCCGAGUCCCGGCUAGAACAAUGGUGUUUGCUGAAUUUGAAUCGUCCAAUCACGAGCCAGGAUUUACCCAGACUCCUCCAAUCCCAUCUAGACCUGCCCCUCCCCCUCCUGUACCUAGACGACCAACAAAUUAGAUGCUGUUCUAUUCUAUUUAAUAAGAAGCGCCCUGAGAAAAGGGGAUUUAAUGCAUGUCAGUUAAGUGUCGUCCCAGAUUAGCCUGUGUGGAAUCAGGGAAGAUGUUUUUAUUGUAUUUGUCGUUGAAAGACGAAAAUUCAAUUAAGAAGGAAAGUGUUGUCCUUGGUUAGCUAGUGCAGACUGCACAGGCUAAUCUGGGACAACACUUUAUGCACAAGCAUUUAAUCCCAUUUUCAUAGAGGGCGACUCAAAUAUUAAGCAGUUUAUUUAUCAUUUUUAUCUUUGUCAAUAUCCUUUUAAUGGCUUUUAGGUGAAUUUUAGAAAAUUAAUCAUGAGUCUGCUUUUAGUGUCAAUAAACAUAUGAAAUAGACUGAUAGCCCCUUUAUACUGUCCACAGAUUAUUUGAGCUUCGUCAUGUGAUAAGGUGUCUUAUGACAAGUGUGGCAAGUAUUGCACCAGACCAGCCUACUUAAUAACGUAUUUGGUCAUGAACUUAAGUGUAGGCUAUAAGCCACAUUUUUGCCUGAUGUGACUCAUUUUAUGUAACUUGCUGUUAUAGCCUAAUAGAUACAGGAACACCAGAGCACAAGGUUCAGUCAAACGCAAAUGUGUUUUAGUAGUCAUUGUUAUUGUUAUAAGUGAAACUUGUGAAUCUCUUCUUCUUUACAUAUAAAGUAGGAACUCUGUGCAGUUCAAUGUCAAAUGGUUGUAUUGGACUGUUGUUAGACAUUUUAUAGUCAUUCAACAUUGAAAAGAGGUGAACACUUAAACAAAUUAAUUAGAUCAUGGAUAUGAUUCAAAUAUAAGCUCAUUACAAACAAGUUUGUUAGGGCCCUUCAAUAAUUUGCUCAGAGAGAUGCCCAAUAUACUGGUAUAAGAGAUUAAAUGUGUGACUGUAACAUUGAAAUGUGCAAUAUUUUAUUCUCUGAGGUUUCUGAGUUUAAAUGAGUCUUGUUCUGAUAAAACUGGGCUUAAUUCGUGUGCGUAAAGUGUCGUCCCAGAUUAGCCAGUGCAGUCCGCACAGGCUAAUCAGGGACGACACUUUCCGCUUUAAUGGUAUUUUUAGUUUCAAGGAAGUCCCUCCUACCGAAAAUCAAGUUAAGGCGGAAAGUGUUGUCCCUGAUUAGCCUGUGCGGACUACACAGGCUAAUCUGGGACGACACUUUACACACAUGAAUUAAGCUCUGUUUUCUCAGAACAAGACACAUAUAAGCAUUUGAGUCACGCUCUGCGCAAAAAGGGGUUUUAUCAUGUGUUUUUAUGUGUCAUGUGUUUUAUGUGUCAUCCCAGAUUAGCCUGUGCAGUCUGAAAAAGCUAACCAGUGACAAGUCUUCCACCUUGACUGGAUUUUAAUUUAGAAGAGACUUUUUUUAAGAAAAAUUUCCAUAAAAGUGAAGACGGAAAGUGUUGUCCCUGGUUAGCCUGUGCAGACUGCACAGUCUAAUCUGGGCCGACAUUUUACCCACAUGCAUAAAACCCCAUUGCCCAGGUAAUGGCUCUUUUAUUCUUAGAUUUGAAGUUUUAUUCAGCAACUAUAUAACCCUGAAGUGUAGAUGGCCAAGAUAAGAUUUUCACUUGCAGUGAUCCACAUGUUCCUGUGUUAUGUGUUCUUGAAACAAGAAAUUGAUAUGGCUGGUAAGCUGGUUUAAAAUAGAAACAAAACAUUCAACAACUUUAAACAGCCUUUUUUAUUUAGUCUACUAUUUUUGCAUAGAGAAUACUAUUUGAUCCAGGGAAUAAUUCAACAACUUUAAACAGCCUUUUUUAUUUAGUCUACUAUUUUGGCAUAGAGAUAAGUAGUUGAUCCCGGGAAUAAUUCAACAACUUUAAACUGUCAUUUUUAUUAUGCCCCCGAAGGAGGGCAUUUAGUGAUCGGACCAUCAGUCUGUCUGUCUUUCCGUCACACUUUGCAUUUAGGUUUUGCAUUUAGGUUUCGAAAAAUGUUCAUAAAUUCUAUGUCCCUUCAGAUAGCAACUUGAUGUUUGGCAUGCAUGUGUUUCUCAUGCAGCUGCACAUUUUGAGUGAUGAAAGGUCAAGGUUAUCCUUCUAGGUCAAAGGUCAAAUAUAUGGCUUCAAAGCAGUGCAGAAGGGGGCAUUGUUUCUGACAAACACAUCUCUUUUUUAGUCUACUAUUUUGGCAUAGAGAAUACUAGUUGAACCAGAACCAUGAUUUCUGAAGUUUAUGUCAUUUCAUUAUCGUCUGAUGAGGAACCAUGAACAUUAUCACUCGACAAUUGGCAACUUUUGCUUUCACAUGAUAAUACAUAUAUGUGCUCCUAUUUACAUGUAUUACCACUGACAACUAAGCAAUAAUACUAACUUCAGAACUUUCAUUUACGAUUUAAGAAGGUAUAAUAAUGGUUUAUUUAAUCUUGCUCGUUUGUUUCUGAUGGUUUUGUUUUUUAAAUCGUCUUUGUAAUAUAACACAAUAAUUAACAUCAUGAUGCAUUGAGCUGAAUUGUAAGAUGCUGGACUUUUGUGCUUGAUAUCCUGUGACAAAUAUGUAAUAUUAGGUGCCUAACCGGCAACGAGUAUAACAGUAACACGAAUAAUAAUGAGUAUCCAAAUCAAGGCAUAGGCUAAUAUCAGUAUUUUGGGAAAUACAAAGCUAAAUCAUACUAUGUAUUUAAAUAACAAGGCUGUUAUGGCAAACUGUUUGAUGUUAGUUUUAACCAAAUUUUGGGGAAAAUAUUUCCUUUUUGCGAUUACGAAUAAACUUGAAUGUCAGCAGUGAAAUUUAGGUAAAAAACUGUAAGAAGCUUAAUAUUUUUUAUUAAAGAUUUCAUUGUUAGGAUUUAGUUCCCGAGCUAUUAUCUGUUUUGCCUGAGUGUGAUAAUUUCACACUUCACAUUACCAUGUCACACACUUUUAUGUCACCCUGUUAUGAAUUAUAUCACACAAGGUUUUAUUCUCAAAUUUGCUUCACAUGAUAUUGACAUAUUAUGUGUCACCUUUCUUGUUUCCAACAAAUUAGAGAUGUUCAAUUUAAUUCCAUGCAGUACAACAUACUGUAAAACUUAAUCCAUGAUCAAACAUUCCUCUUCAUGUAAAGUCAUACUCAAAACAUAGUAAAGUUAGUUAUACAUAUACUUAGCAUCUUCACAGAUUUUUUGUAUAUGACUUGGAACAAAGAGAAUUUUGUAAAUGUGUUUUCCUGAUGUUAAGGAAACUAAGUGUUGCAAGUUGUUUAUUGUAUUGAACUUUUAGUUUUUAUUGUACUUUCUGACUUGUGUUUUUUAGUGGUGUUGCUGAAAGCAUAAUAUCGAUAAACAUUGUGAUAGCUGUAGAGUGAAAAUGUGUUGUAAUCAUGUAGAUGGUUAUUGUACUUUGCUUAUAAUUAGAAAAAUCAGAAUAGGAUAUGUUUUCUAUACCGUACUCAUGGGUGCAUAGAGUUAUGACCCUUGGUUCAUCCAAAUCAUGAUAAAAGCAGUUUAUUUCUUAUCUGAAGUGGAAAGUAUCAUAGGCCAAUCUAGACUGGGUUGGAAAUGGCGUACGCCUCCUCCCCCUCCCCUGCUCGCCCCCUAAAAUUAUCCAAGGUUCGAUAAUUUUUAAUCAUGGAAAUACAUUUUAAUGGAAUUCCUGUGAUGAGAUCAAUUCAAGAUAAAGUCAAGUGAUUUGCUGCAAAUAAUGUGUAAGCAUAAGUAUGUUUCUGUAGUACAUCAGUUUUCCUAAAAAGGUCAAAUAUAAGCAGGCAAAAGAAAGUUUAAGUGACAUAUUACAUGAAAAAAUAAUGUAAUCCUUUCUCUAAUUGGAAUUCCCAUCAAUCAUGAUACAUUCUUUGUCAUUUCCAAAUGAAAUUGCAUUUUUCUGUUAUUUUAGUUUAAAUUGUGAUUGUAUCUAUGUAAUAUGCAAACACGCAUUUUGAAUGUUUGAGAUUGUGUUGUGGUUUGUUUUUAUGCUCUCAUUAAGAGGGAUGGGUUUGCCUUUUUCCAUCCCUCCACAAGCAAAUAUUUGUAAUUUCUUUUUUAGCAAGAUAAUUUUUAUGCCCCCCUUCAAACAUGCUUUGCUCAUGUCGGUCUGUCGGUCGGUCUGUCCGUCCAUCAGGUGGUUGUCAGACGAUAACUCAAGAACGCUCGGGCCUAGGAUCAUGAAACUUCAUGGGAAGAUUGAUCAUGACUUGCAGAUGACCCCUAUUGAUUUUGAGGUCACUAGGUCAAAGGUCAAGGUCACGGUGACCCGAAAUAGUAAAAUGGUUUCCGGAUGAUAACUCAAGAACGCAUACGCCUAGGAUCAUGAAACUUCAUGGGUAAAUUGAUCAUGACUCGCAGAUGACCCCUAUUAAUUUUGAGGUCACUAGGUCAAAGGUCAAGGUCACAGUGACCCGAAAUAGUAAAAUGGUUUCCGGAUGAUAACUCAAGAAUGCAUACGCCUAGGAUCAUGAAACUUCAUGGGUAGAUUGAUCAUGACUCGCAGAUGACCCCUAUUGAUUUUGAAGUCACUAGGUCAAAGGUCACGGUCACGGUGACCCGAAAUAGUAAAAUGGUUUUCGAAUGAUAACUCAAGAAAGCAUACGCCUAGGAUCAUGAAACUUCAUAGGUAGAUUGAUCAUGACUUGCAGAUGACCCCUAUUGAUUUUGAGGUCACAAGGUCAAAGGUCAAGGUCACGGUGACCCGAAAUAGUAAAAUGAUUUUCAGAUGAUAACUCAAGAAGGCUUUUGCCUAGGAUCAUGACACUUCAUAGGUACAUUGAUCGUGACUCGCAGAUGACCCCUAUUGAUUUUCAGGUCACUAGGUCAAAGGUCAAGGUCACAGUGACAAAAAUCGUAUUCACACAAUGGCUGCCACUACAACGGACAGCCCAUAGGGGGGGCAUGCAUGUUUUACAAACAGCCCUUGUUAAAUUUAUUUUUUGAGAUUCAUUUAGAAUUUAUUAUGUGUUUAUUUUGUUUAUUUUGACAGAGCUUACGUAAUCAGUAAUGUAAUUAUUAUGGAAAUAGUUUAUGAAUUUCAUAAUUGAUCAAAUGUUUUUCGUAAGGGGAACACAUGGCCAUUAUUUGGGCAUUUGGAGUUUACAAAAAUACAAUAAUAUGGUGUCAAUUGUUUUGGUGUAUCUGUUAUUGGGCCGUUUUAUUUUAAACCAAAACGUUGUGUUGUGAAUGUUAUAUUUUAUUGUUAGUCUAAGAAAUAGCUCGUCAGUAUCAGUAUUGUGAAGUUUAUUUAAUAUUGAUACACAAACAUGUAAAGUCUGUGAUGUAUUGUUAUUGAUAUAAUAGUCGACACCAAUUUAAGUAGUCUAUGUUAUUUGUAACUUAAAUGUUGUUUUAUAAAAAUAGCAUUUAUGUAUGUGACCGUUUGGAAGUGCACACAAUAAAGUGGGAAAAAUGUU